AUGGACACCUCAGCUGCAGCUGGCAAGCCAGUACAGAUCACUGUGAUGGAUGGAUAUGACUUGAAAGGUACUAAAGGAGAUACUCCAGUUACUUUUGUUCGUGCAGAAUUUAAUAAUGUGGUCUUGGGAGACUCUUCAAAAAUCACCGUUUCUCCUGAAGGAACAGCAAAAUACAACUUUACCAGCAGUUUUGACUUCACUUCUGAAGGAACCAAUACUUUAGAUGACCUUGCCCACAAGCCUGUGUUCUUGACUGUGUUUGAAGUUUUACCAAAGGAAAAGAAACAGAAAGAGGAGAAGACUGUUAUUCUGGGUCAAGCUGUUGUGGACCUUCUUCCUUUACUAGAAGGAGAAUGCACAUUUGAAAUAAUGACCCCUUUGCAUCCUAUUGCUGGCUCACCCUUAGAGAAUCUUCGACCAGGAGCUAAAUGUUGUCUUGAGGUAACAGUAUCUGUCUCAGAGGCAUUACUGACUACAGCCCAGAUCUUGGGUGGGAACCUUUUAAAAGUGACUUUAGAGGCUGCCUACUCUGUGCCAGAAAAUUUUGUGACUACAGGACCUCAGCAAAAUUACAUGGUUGGCUUGCAAGUUCCAUCAGUUGGAGAGAAAGACUUUCCCAUAUUCUUCAAAAAUGGAACCCUAAAGCUUGGUGGGGAAAAAGAACCUGUACCCCGGCCCAAAAAAUGGCCCAUUGCCAACAUCCUGGCACCAGGAGCUCAAUACAUUCCUGAUUCUUUCAUUACUGGUGGUCCUUUCGUUGAGGAAGAUGGAGAACUCAACCGUCCAGAGGACAAAGAGUUCAGAAACCAAGCUGAAACUUCAAAGAAAAGAAUCGUCUGGGACUUGGAAAGUCGCUGCUACCUUGACCCUCCAGCAGUUGCCAGUUUUCAGAAACGAAUUGCAGAUUGCCGUUUCUGGCCGGUGGAAAUAACAAGAGUUCCUAUAGCUCCCGUGUCCAAAGGGAAAUCUGGAAAAGGUGAUAAGAGUGAUGAUGAUGGACAGGUUUUCUUUCAUGGUGUGGCAUAUGUUAACGUGGUCCCUUUGUUGUACCCUGGUGUAAAGAGAAUUCGGGGAGCUUUCCGUGUUUAUCCCUACUUAGAUGGUCAAGUAUAUGAGAAGACCAAGUGUUUGUUCAGCCUUUUCCGUGAUGUUGGUCACCAAAACAAAGUGGGAAAUGUUACAGGGGUCAAUUCCCCACUGGCUAAACCAAUCCUCACCAAGACCGCGAAGGAGGAAAAGCCACCCAAAGAGAAAGACACUACAUCUAGUAUAAAAUCUCAGAGCUCAGACAACCCCCUGGAAAGUGAAGCUCCUCUGUACCAGAAUCCAGAAGGACAGCAAUACUUGGAAGCCGGAACAUACCUCCUUCUGGAGAUUGAACUGGAGAAAGCCUUAGUACCAAAGCGAUUGCCAGAAGAGCUUGCCUCCCGGGUCAAGGAAAUGAUUCCUCCACGACCCGCCCUAGUCCGCCGAACAGGAGGAGCUCAGAAGGCAAUGGAUGACUACCACGCUCAGAUCAAGAACAUUGCCACAGCCAUCUUAGAAGAAUACCACAAGAUGUUUGGUAAAGAGCUGUCUACAGGAAAAGAUCUGGAUAACCAAACCUUGGAGGAUCAGAAGUGCCAGCUCAAUUAUGAGCUCAAUUGCUCUGGAAAAUAUUUUGCUUUCAAAGAACAACUUAAGCAUGCAGUGGUCAAGAUUGUGAGAGAGAAGUACCUGAAGACGACGGCCUUUGAGAAUCAGGAGGAGCUGCAGGCAUUUAUCAGUGAGCUGUAUGUAUUCUUGGUGGAUCAGAUGCAUGUCACCUUGAACCAGAGCAUGCCAGUUGAGACUCAGACUGAGGCGGCCGUGAUUACUUCCACAACUUCUGAACAGCUCCGACUCUUUGCAUAUGAAGCCCAAGUCAACGAAGACUUUCCCUUGGCAACUGUGUACUAUGAGGAGAGACUGGUUCGUGAUAACCAGAACCUGGAACACUGGCUGGAUUAUGGCUCGUUCUGCCUUCUGACCAACGAUAUUCUCAAAGCACAAGAAUGUUUUCGUAAAGCUCUUUCGCUGAAUCAGACAAACAUAGAGAGUUUGCUACUGUGUGGUCUUCUGGCUAUCAUGAUGGAGCACUAUGAAGAAGCAGAAAUUUUUUUUGAAGAUGCCACUUGCUUGGAACCAACCAGUGUUGUGGCAUGGACUUUACUCGGCUUGUUCUAUGAAAUUCAGAAUAAUGAUAUCCGAAUGGAAAUGGCAUUCCAUGAAGCCACCAAACAGCUUAAUGCUAGACUAGCCAAGGAAAAGAGUAUUGCUGAGACUGUCGAUGUUGGAGGGAAGCUGGAGUCCAGUUUAACAGCUUUAGGAGUUGUGAGAUCUUCUUCACCAACUAAAGGAGAUAUACCACCAGAUACCAUAUCCAUGCUAGAUGAGUUUAUUGAAGAGCCAUCCAAACCCCAGUCUGAGUCUGUUGAUCAACAAACGCCGUCACUUCCACCCCAGAACCUGAGUUCCAUCCAGAGAUCCUCCAAGUCAUUUUCUGUUUCUAAGGAGGCACCAAAGAAAGCUUCAAAAGGUCAGAUUUCAUCAUCGGCUCUGGUUUCCUCAGCCUUUCAUGGAGUUUCCCAAAGACCCAGCACUAUCUUCAUGGAGACCACGCGCUUCUUGAUGAAGGUCAAUGCUGUUCAGUAUGUCCACAGAGUGCUCGCACAUGAACUGCUGUACCCCCAAGGAGGCCCUGGCUGUGAAUAUUACUUGGUCCUGGCACAGACACACCUUCUCAAGAAGGAUUUUGCCAAGGCAGAAGAAUACCUCAAUGCAGCCAGCCAGAUGGAUUACCUGAACCCUAACGUCUGGGGUUUGAAGGGACACCUCUUCUACCUGAGUGGAAAUCAUGCUGAAGCCAAGGAAUGCUAUGAGCGAACUGUUAGUUUUGUAGUGGAUGCUGCUGAAAUGCACUUCAUCUAUCUGCGACUGGGAUCCAUUUAUCUUGAAGAAGGAGAGAACGAAAAGGCAAAGAACACCUACAUGUUGGCUUGUAAAAAAUUCCCUUCGUGCCUCACCUGGCUGGGAGUGGGAAUUGCCUGCUACCGGCUGGAGGAGCUCACAGAGGCUGAAGAUGCUCUUUCUGAAGCUAAUGCCAUGAACAACUACAAUGCUGAAGUGUGGGCCUAUCUGACUCUGGUCUGUCUGAAAGCUGGGAGGCAACUAGAAGCAGAACAGUCCUACAAAUACACAUUAAAGCUGAAGCUGAAGGAUGAGGCUUUGCUCAAGGAGAUCCACAUGGUACAAGAGAUGGUUGGCUUUGGGGAUCCUUCCUUCUGAUGACGUCUUCCAGAUGGAGCUUCUUUUGUCUGACUCUACAAGAAAGAAACAUCCCUGAGCCUCUGAAUCCUAAAGGGGUCAGACUAGUCCUGGGGCUGAAGAACAAGACAAUCUGCCCCAACAAUU